AUGGGAGGCAAGAAGGCUGCGGGUGAGAAUUCGAAGAAGGCCGCUGGCAACGCUCGCAAGGCCGAAGCUGCUGCAUCAAAGAAGGCCGUAGAGGACUCCAAGCGUGCUGCGGAGGAGGAGAAGGAAUGGUCUAAGGGAGCCAAAGGAAACGCGAAAAAGGAAGACGCCGAAGCCAAGAAAGCUGAAGCUGCUCGCAAAAAGGCCGAACGUGAUGCCCUUCUCGCCGCCGAGGAGGCCUCUCAACCUUCGAAGGGCAAGGGUGCUGGUGCAAAGACAGCUCAGAAGAAGACUCGUGGUCUGGAUCUUUCACAGCUCGACGAUUCUUUCUCGGGCAACAAGAGCAGUGCAUUGAACGCCUCUGGUAUUGACAACGCUCUUGACGCGCUGUCUCUCACCAGCAAGGAUACUUCUAAAGUCGAGCGUCACCCGGAACGUCGGUUCAAGGCCGCAUAUGCGGCAUUCGAGGCUCGUCGCCUACCGGAGAUCGAGCAAGAGAACCCCGGUCUCCGUCGGCAACAGCGAAUUGAUCUCUGCCGCAAGGAAUUCGAAAAGAGCGAGGAGAAUCCUUUCAAUCAAGUGCACGUCGCUGUCAAUGCCUCUAAGGACGAGAUCGCCCAGAUUCGGGAGGCAGAGCGGAAGAAGACUGAGGGUCGUUUGACGAAGUAG